CUUGCCCUCGUCGUCCACCACGACACCCUCCUGCCUCCUUUUACGACCAGCUGCGGACGAACACAGCCCAGAUAUCUCGUCUCAGACCUUGACUUGCGAGAACACCAACUUCUCAGACUGGAAUAUUGACGAUGGCUUUCGGUUUGACUAUCGGGACGGAGCGGGCGACGGCCUUGCAGACAUCAAUCCAAGAUGAACUCACGAAGAGGGGUUACAGUACGGAGGCUGACCCAGUCAUGGCUGAAUACAUCACAAUUAUGAUCAUCAAUAACAAGACGAAAGAGCAAAUAUCUUCGGAGCUGGAAGAUCUGAUUGGAACAGAGUUUGAUCCUACUUUCGUCGAUUGGCUUUUCGAAGAAGCCGCCAAAGGCGCGCCUGAUGCAGCACCCCCCGCUCCCGAAGCCUCGACAUCCACUCAGCGCCGCGAAUCUCCCCCACACUUGGCAGAGACAGUACGAAAACCGCCAAGCGGUCCUCGCGCUGGCGCACCGCUCUACCAGCAAGCCAUCUCACAGGCCAUUCCUUCCACCUCCCCAACCGCACAGAAGCGCUUAGCGUCCGCGCGCUCACCUUCACCCACCGGCCAUGCCAACAAAUCCCGACGUAUGGACGGGCCUCCAACUGGCCCACGCGCGAUGCAGCACGGAGGUGGUGGCCCGCGGAGUCUGCUCGACCGCAUGGGCCCCUCACGCAACGGUCACGCACCAUUUGCGCAAGAUGACAUCCAAGCGCGGAUAGACAAUAUCACCAACGGCUCGCCGGACGCGAACAUGAUGAUGAUGGGUGGCGGCUUCCCGAUGGGCGGCAUGGGCGGCCUGGAUAUGGCGAUGGGGAACCCGGUGAUGCUGCAGGAGAUGAUGAUGAACCAGAUGGCGCUCAUGACGCAGAUGGCGGGGGCUAUGGGCAUGAUAAACGGUGGCUUUCCGAUGCAGCAAGGCAUGGGUGGGGACAUGGGGAUGUUCAACGGGGGCAUGAACGGGGUGCAGGGGCAACAGGCGGGUGGGAUGGACAAUGGCAGGGGGAGAGGGCGGGGGAGAGGCGGUCCUCGUGGUGCCGGCCGUGGCAGAGGAGGUCAACCCAGUCACAACGCUCCUAUGCACGCCGCAAACGGAGCGCCGAAUGGUGCCCAGCAAGCACCGUUGACACCUAGUGCUCCCGCACCUGCCGUAGUCGCGCCAACACCUGUCCAGGUCGCACCUCCUCUAGCGAUUACGCCCUCGACAAGCGGAUCUGCACAGAGCCACUCGGCAUUUGUACCCCCUGAGCGACCACAAUCACCGACGCUCUGCAAGUUCGGUCUGAAAUGCACGAACGCGCUCUGUCGAUACUCCCACCCAUCCCCUGUGGCCACGCCAGAGAGUGGUGUGGUCCUGAGCAACGAAGCCUGCGUAAAUGGCAAGAACUGCAAGGACAAGGACUGUAUCAAGGCCCACGUCAGCCCUGCUGUGCUGAACCCUAAUGCAGAACAACUCAAACCCAGCACGUAUUCGUCUCCCGCACCUCCGGUGACCCACUCGCACCCACAAUCCCCGACGCUCUGCCGAUAUGGCGCUGCAUGCACGCGGCCCAACUGUACCUUCGCCCAUCCUUCCCGUGCACCGAGUAACGCUGCCUCCAUACCCUGCAAGUUCGGCACGGCAUGCACACGGGCGAACUGCCCAUUCCAGCACCCUGAAGGCCGCGUGCUUCCGACGUCGUUCCACCGCGGGCUUUCGGCGACCGGCCCAAUAGAGACCAUCCCUGCGCCACAGACGGGCACCAUGGGCGCGUCCAGCCAUCACAAGAGCAUGACGUUCAACAAGAGCCAGAGUGCCGCGGAGCUGGAGAAGAAAGUCAAGGAGAUGGAGGAGAAGAAAACCGAGGCGGAAAAGGCUGUCGCGCAAGCCAAGGCUGCGGCUGCUGGCAAGAAGGACGGUGCGACGGGCUCCGUGGCAAUCAGCGCAUGAACGACAUUCGUGGUUGUGAACAGUCGCAAUCUCGCGACUCGUUGAUACGACUUAUUCGAACGAACAGUAGAUAUCUGUAUGAUAUGUCUCGCUAACUAGCAUGUGCUUUGCAACUUCCUCGCGGUGAAAUGUCUUGUCUAAUUAGCUCCAAGUAGCUGUAGUAGGGUGCUGGUGGAAUACAGUCACAGACGUCUUGGUGGUCAUCAAUGUAUGACCACCGCCCACCCUC